AUGAAAUGUCCCUCUGUCUCCUUCUCUCUCUUUUCCAAUUACUCUUACACUCUCUUUAUCUUACAUUUUUUCUCUUUAAAAUCUCCCUCUCCCUAUCAUUCCUUCAGACUCUUUUCUUCUUGCUUUUCUCCUUCCUCCACAAUUCUCAAAUCACCCUCUUCAUUUGAUUCUUCCAUUCUUGCCACCCUUCCUGCUAUUUUUACUCUUGUUCGCUAUCAAAACUCUCUCUCUCUCUCUCUCUCUCUCUAUCUAUCUAUCUAUCUAUCUAUCUCUUUAUCCGUUUUUUUCUUUUGUCCUCUACUUCACUUUCAUUCCUGUUGUGUUUCAAAUCUUCACCCCCCACCUCUACCUCGUUUUUCUUGCUUUUGCUUUGGCACUCUCUCCUCAUUUGUUCUGGUUAUCUCUCUUUUAGUCUUACUCCUCCAGCUCUCUCUUACCCAUGCUCUCUCUCAAAUCAAUCAUCACUCUCAUUCUUUCCCUCCGUGUCUGUCUCAUUCAUUUCCUCUUUCUCUCCCUCCAGGUGUCUCUUAUUGCAGUUCUCCCUUGAAUCCGUUUCUCUCUUUUCUUCACCCACUUUCUCGGUAG